UCCUCUGUUUUAAUGCGAGCCACUAUGGUGGCCUCCUUGUCGCAGCCCGUCCACCGCGUUUGUUGUUGUUUUUUUUUUGGGCUAUUUUUUCUUUCCCCAUAAGAUGUUAAUGGUGGUCUAGGGUGGGGUUAAUGUUCCGUGCAGCUGAUAUAAAGAACUUCGGUAAAGCGGGAACCAGCUGGCACUUUCGCCGGACGAUGGACGAGCUGGUCCACGAUCUGGUGUCAGCGCUGGAGGAGAGUUCGGAGCAGGCCCGCGGCGGGUUCGGAGAUGGGGGGGACCACGCCCUGGCUGUGGGCUGCCUGCUGAAGCGGCAGGCGCGCAAGCGCCGCGGGAGAAAGCGCCGUUCCGACAACCCUCACCCGUCCUGGGACACCUGCCACCUGAGCGAGGGAUCCGAGUCCAGCCUGGAGGAGCACAAGGACUACCGAUCCUCAUCCUCCGCCGCAGCGGGGGGCGCUCACGCCCGCGACAACAACAACAGCGACUCCGACGAGCACCUGGGCGCCAAACGCCGCACUCACGACUCUGGCAGGGCCAAGCGGCCGCUGUGGCAUGAGGAGUUGGUCGACGGACUCGGAACCAGGAGCUUGCGCAGGAGGAGGAAAGUGAAGCGCAUGGCCGUGGAUCCGCCACUAGAGGUCACCACCAUGCUGGCCCCACCUGUUCCUAAACCACCAGGUGGCAGCAGCGGCAGUAGAGACCCUAAUAGAGAGGCUGGACUCGCGGAAGAAGGGAAAGGAAACGAGGCGAGCAAGGACCGAGUGAAGAAGAGGAAACUGGCCGCACCCCGGCUGGCGCUGGACGCUACGGACGAGGGCGUGGUCGUGGAGAGCGAGGAGGUGGGGCAGUCCGGAAAGGACAAAAUGGAGUUUGAGGAGCACAAGGGAUCAGAUGAGGACAUGAGUGACAGGUGUGAAACCAGCAGUGUGAGUAACAGCAGUGACGGAGGUCUGUACACCAAUGAUGAAGGAAGGCAAGGCGAUGACGAGCAGAGCGAUUGGUUCUAUGAGGGCGAGGCGGGCGGGGCUUGUGGAAUAGCGGGCGUGGUCCCAUGGUGGGACAGGGAGUCUGACGAGCUGGACCUUAACGACCCAGUGUUCAACAGCAUUCUCACUGGGGCCUUUCCGCUCAUGUCACAGGGAGCACAGAGAGGGUUUCAGGCCAGGCUGGCUCGACAGGCCUCUCUGCAGCAGGCUCAGAGCGCUUCUCAAGUAGCUGGAUGUUCGGAGAGGCUGCCCAGAUUGUCGCAGGACCCUCAUGCUCAUGACCCGUGGUUCAGUGCCGGAUCCAGGCGUGAACAGUGCCACUGGGAUUCCAGAGCGGACCGAGGCCACCGGAGGAGCUGCUCGUUAAAGACUGCUAGCAGGCAGACCAGCGGUCACCUCGGCUCGUUGUGCACGGGGGACGUGAAGAGAAGACGCAAGGCUGCUCCUAUGGGCGCCCCCUCUUCCACAGGAGUGGUAGGUGAGGGAGCAUCUCCCAUCCCAGAGUCGAACGUGGGGAGCCGGAUGCUGCAGAGUAUGGGCUGGUCUCCAGGAAUGGGUCUGGGCCCUGAGGGCCGGGGCAUCACAGAGCCGCUGCGGGCCACGCAGAGGCCUAAGGGCGCCGGGCUGGGCUUUAACUGAGCCCCAGGCUUCGGAAGGAGUCGGAGCGAGAGCAGGCUGCAGUGCAGACCUCGCGCAGAAGAGAGAGAGAGAGAGACUCUGAGCCCGCCGGCCGCCGACCCCCUCUGUUAAAGGCACCGCCAGCAGGAGCCUGCCAGCAGAGGGCACCAUGCCGGGCAUAGAUAGAGGCUCUAAACAAGAGAACAAAAAGACGGUGUGGAGGGGAGGCUGAACUCGAAUCUUAGUCAUGUGCUGUGACCUUGCAUAUGGAAGGAACCUACGGAGCAGUCAGAGAGCAGCCAGAUGUAAUAGCGGAGUAUCGAUUUUGAGCACAUCCACGCACGUGGGCAUACCCAUAGUGCUCUAAACGCCAAUGUUAGAUUGUUUCUUUUUAAUAUAAAUACAUUACGACAGCCUUGGAAAGGGAAAGAAAUCAAUAUCCGAUUGAUUUGUGAUCGUUGAGAUCUCUUUUGUAUUGUAUUUUCAUCUCCUACCAGCCAUUUUUAGCUUCGCUCAUGCUGAACCACAAACCGAAUGCCAUCAGCGUCCAAACACAGCCAUAGGCUACGUCCCAAUACAAACUAAUGAUUUGCUUAUAGUACAAACAUACUACUGUCAUACACGUCAGUUUGGGCUGCCCUUUUGAAAAUGGAGAUUUGGACAUGGCCAUACGUUUGGAAAGCAGUCAGUGUGAGUGAGCAGUAUUUUAUAGGAAUAUGAGAAAAGUGAUGAAUUCGUUUGAGAGGCUUUUUCCUCUGUGUAUUAUUUUUGACUUGGUUAAUAAUUUGACUGCGUUAAUCUGGUCGAAAUUGUUGCCAGGACUUAGGUAGCGGAUGGCAUAAGAUCUGGCGACAGACUGCCAACUGUUUUUUUUUUUUUUUUUUUUUUUUUUUUUUUUUGGGGGGUUUUUUAAUAUAUAUUCUUAAUUUUUUUAAUCAUUGUUUUUAUUUCUGUCGAGGUUGAGUCAGCUAGGGUUCUUACGGUUUCGCGGUUAGUCAUGACGGUCAAGUGGCCACUUGUCUCACAGCUGACUUUUCCAAAAUACAGAUUCAAAUGCAUUUCCAGGCUUCAGUCCCUUAAACCACUGUUGUCAGUGUUUAGUUGCGAACCUCCUCCGUCUCGACUCGCUCGAUUUGAUGACCGGUUCUACGUUUAUGACGCCGUUGUACCGCCACGUCCUGCUUUACUGUAGAACCAAAAAUAAAGAAGUUUAGGACCUAAGGAAAUCAAUGCAUGCUUGUCAGUCCAUCGUCCAGUUCACGUCAAAUCAGUCAAGACAUUUCAGCGUUAUUAUGGAAAACAUAUGUUCAGUGAAAUCACACAGGAGUUAUGUCAAAUGAAAUACAUGUGCACGUGGUGACAAUCAUGUUAGUACCGUCCUACCCUGACACCGUGUUGUUUUCUAGCGAGGUUAUCUUACCGUUAAAAAAUAAACCGUAACAGCAAGCCAAACGUGGCUCGUCUGUUUUUUUAUCAUAUAUCGUUCUGUAGCCUGAGUGUAGCGCCCCCCUGAGGCCUGCUUGUCCUUCUGCUGUUUAGGGUUGCUUUCAUUGGCUGAAGGAGUUAGAAGGAUAGGUACACUAUAUGUCCAAAAGUAGUUCCAGACAGCCCUUCUGAUGACGGAGUUCAGCUGCUUUAAAGUCACCUAUUGCUCACAGAGGCUGGAGGGCUGUAAAGCCCCCUAGCAUUAGGCUGUGGAGCAGCCAGAACUGAUCUUCCAAUAUCAAUACCUGACCUCAGUGACGCUCUUGGGAAUGAAUUCAAUUGAAUCCUUACAGCAGUGUAAGGCUUUCCCAGAAAAGUAGGGGCUGUUACUCUCUAUUAAUACCUGUUAUUUCAGGAGAAGCACUACAGUAUAGUAUAGUAUAGUACAGUAUAGUAUAGUAUAGUACAGUAUAGUAUAGUAUAGUAUAGUACCGGACAUAGUUUUACUUGGUUGGUGGCUAAUUCGUCAAAAUGAGAUGCUGCCAUUGGACAGUUUUAUGUCACUCUUUCAAUCGUUAUUGGACGAGGAGUCUCUUCAGUUUUGCUAGAGCAGGACUGAGAAUCGCUGGUUUAGUGGGUCAUAUAUAUGAAACUAGAGCACGCGCUUACAAAAGAUGGUUCUUCGACGGUUCUUUAGUAAAGCAAAUGAAUGUGUAGAUCCAUGAACACUCGAAUCCCUUUGCAUGAUUGAGAGGUUCUUUGCGUCGUCGAAUGGCUCUUCAGAUUGAUGGAGACUUGAAUAUAACGUUUUUGAAAAGGGUUCUUCUACCGUUACAGGCGUGACAUUGUCCCACUGGAAGAACCCUUUUUGGGUGCUGUACAGAACCAUUUUCAAAGAAGUUCUGUAUCAAAACAUAUCCAACUCCCACUCCAUCAGUCUGAAGAACCAUUUAACGAUGCAGUGAAACCUUUAAUGGUACAAAGGGUUCUUUUUUCUUUAUUGAAGAGCCCUUGAAGAACCAUCAUUGUUAGGAGUGUACGUACCAGAUUUCAGUGGUUCAGAUGUAAAGACAGUCAUUCAGAGUGGUUUAAUGUGCGAAACUUGCCGAGUCAGAGUUGUUCACAGUGGUGGUGAUGGGAACCAGACGUCCACCUCUAAAAGCUCCGUCACUGAAAGUUACUGCGUGAGACGGUUAUGAACUCGCUGCCUGAUGCCUCAGACGCUGUUUUACUUUGACGUUUUGAUCUAAUAUUAGUUUGAAAUCCGUUAUUGGCGGAGAAAUACGUGCCAGGUGUUGUCCUGUGAAGUAGUACCCAAAGAAAACGUAUUUUUUCAGGUGUAUCACUGUUUUACCGUAAAAACUCCGACUCUGUUUACGUUUAAACUAGAAGAUUAUGCAGAGGUUUCGGUCCCCUUUAACGCUCAGCUUUAAGUCCAGGAGGUUGCGGAGUCUGUGAUUUAUACACUGCUGUUGUGGAAUGAUUUAAAGCUCAGCACUCCUGCCUGACGACUACACGCACAAGAAUGUUGUAAUGGUCAACUGCCGUACUCUUUUUUAACCCUUUGCACUCAGGUGCUGCCUCAGAGUAGACACUAGCAGCCUGCCAGGAUCCCGGUUAAAUGACGCGUCCAGUUGUAGUGUAUUAUUCAGGUUGGAAAACGAUGCCAUAUUAAAGCGUGUGGGGGCGUCGGUGCUACUGUAGCAGUGGUGAUUAAGGGUGGGUGUGUGUGUGUUUGUUAGUGUGUAGCUCCCAUUGUCAGUACUCUGUGUGUUUAUACGUAGGAUGACCUUUAAUGGGAGGCACUGACCUCGGUGCUCACCACAUAUCAGAGCCAAGUGGCUCAAUUUGAAAUUCUGCUGAGGACCGGUCAGCUUCAUUAGGCCGGUCCGCCUCAGAACGGGUUAUUUUAAAAGCAGAAUUACCGAGCCAGGUGUCGCUGUACGUCUCUGAAACCCGAGUGUAGACGUUACAGAGGUGUGGCCUGGCUUUGUGGAGCACAGCGCCGCCGGUCCGCCAACGCCUCAUCUGUAAUUGAGGCGUUUCUCGUUUAUGGUUGCCAUGGCACCUGUGUAUCGCAGUCAGCUCGGCACUAGUUUCCCAGGUGACUAAACAGGACCGAUCAGGUCCCACUCUGCUGUAUAACAAAGCGAAAAUGAUCUUAUUCUCAAGAACCUGCUGAGGUUCUAGAAGCAGCAUCGCUUUUAGAAUCUGUUGAAGUCCCUUGAAGGAAAGCGCUGGAGUUCCUGAACUUCUGUUGGUUUUCAUUAAUCUUUGGAAUUUCUAGGAUUUGCUGGGGUUCCUUCUAGGAUCUGAAGAGAUUUGAGAAUCUGCUGGAGUACCAGAAUUUACUUAGCCUCCAUGAUUUGCUGACUUACCCAAAUCUGGUGGGUAUCUAGAAUCUAGAGACUAUGCCACAGUUCUAGAAUUUGCUGUGGUUCCAGAAUACGCCAUACUUGUAGAAUCUGCUGGAGUACAGGAAGUUACUCGGGCUUCAGAAUUAUAUACCUUUCCAGAACUUGUCAGGUAUCUAGAAUCUGCAGAAAUCUUCUAGAGUGUGCAGUCUACAGUCGGUUCUGUAAUCUGAUGAGUUUAUCAAAACAAGAGUUUUACUGAGUUACUGAGGGUCCAUAAUUUGCUGCCAUUUUAAAAUCUGUUGGCUUUCUAAAACCUGCCAGAGAUCUAGAAUAUACUCCUGAGGCUUCUAUAAUGAGCUGUAGUUCUAGAAUCCGUUGAGGCUGCAUAAUGCACGGAGGCUCUAGAAUCUCUUGAAGUACCAGAAUCUGCUAGGGUGCUGUAAUCUGCUAAGGCUCCAGAAUCCACAGGGGAUCCAGGAUCCAGACCCUCAAUUAAUUUAAUUAAUCUGCUGAAUUCUGGGUUCUGGAAUACAAGUAUGAAUAUGCAAACUGAGGCUCCAUAAUUUGCUGACGUUCCAGAAUCUGGUGCGUUUCUACAUCUAGAAUCUACUGGGACUCCAGAAUCUGCUGUAGGUGCUUCUAGAAUCUCCUGGGGAUCCAGAGUCUGCUAGGUUUCUGUGAUCUGUUGAGGCUCCAGAAUCCACUGAGGUUCUUGAAUUCUUGGGCCAUUAUGUAUAUCAGCAUCUGAGUCAGCAUCUACUGACUUGAAAAUUCUAGAAUUGUCACUUUUCUAGGUAUUUUCCGAAAUGGAGUGACGCAUGGUAGGGAGGGGUCGGCAUCAAGCUGAGCAGAAACGGGGGGCGCUCACUGUCGGUGUGCCUUUGAUUUGUGUCAUGAAGCCGAAUGUCGAUCUCUUUGCAGCUGAUGUUGAACUGGAAACAAAUAAAGUGAAGAAUUGGCUGUG